AUGCUGAGAGUUGUAGUUUUGCAACAGCUGGAGGCGCUCUGGUUGGGAAACACUGCCAUAGCACGUAUAUAAACAACUCAGACAAUCUUAUAUCUAGUUAUCUGUCUGUAAUGUGUUCUGUAGCGUCCUAUGGAGUCUGCAGUGCGCCUGCAUUCUCAUGUUCUGCCGCCAGGUGUCGCUGUCUCCCCGGCGCUCGGCUCCUCUCUCUCCCCGUUUCCUCUGUCUGCCGGAAGUAGGAAGUGUCUAGAUUGCGGCUCCCGGUUGUUACCGAGUAACAGAAAAAUGGGGAAAAGCUGUAAAGUGGUGAUUUGUGGACAACAUUCAGUAGGUAAAACCUCCAUCUUGGAGCAGCUUCUUUAUGGGAAUCAUGUGGUCGGCUCAGACAUGAUGGAGACGCAGGAGGAUAUCUACAUUGGAUCCGUGGAGACGGACCGGGGUGUACGGGAGCAGGUUCGCUUCUAUGAUACACGAGGUCUAAGGGAUGGAGCUGAGCUCCCCAAACAUUGCUUCUCGGGGACUGACGGCUAUGUCCUGGUCUACAGCGUGGACAACAAGGACUCCUUCAAACGGGUCGAGGUCUUGAAGAAGGAGAUUGAUAGGUCCAAGGAUAAGAAGGAGGUGACUAUCGUUGUUUUGGGAAACAAAAGCGACGUCCAAGACCUGCGGCACGUGGACCAUGACGCGGCCCAGCAGUGGGCCAAGAGCGAAAAGGUGAAACUGUGGGAAGUGUCUGUGGGCGAGAGGCGAACCCUGAUCGAGCCUUUUGUUUUCCUGGCUAGUAAAAUGACUCAGCCGCAGAACAAAUCCGCCUUCCCCCUGAGCCGGAGGAACAAGGGGAGCGGCUCCCUGGACAACUAGACCUCUUAGAGGGAAUGUUACACUGUCGCGCACUGACGUCUGCUGGGUGUCACCUUGAGGAUAGGCACCAGCCCGUUAACUCUAUGGAGCACAUACGUGUAUGCCAUGACUCGGCAGAAAGGGUUAAGUCUUCUGUUUUUUUUUCGCUGAAGCAUCAUGGCUGCUGUCAUGGUUCCCGGACCAAUCACAUCAGGUCUCAGAAGGGACAAUGAUCUCUGUAUAUAACAUGGUUUUAAUUAAAGGGGUACUCCAGUGGAAAACACACACAUAUACAUAUAUAUAUAUAUA